UAACAGAAAUUUCCUUACAGGUUACAGUAGUUCAAUGUUAAACAGUAUUAAUUCGAGGAUGGUAAAUGCUUGGUUCUCUCCUUUAUUAAUCAGAAGGAGACCAGGAACGAGUGGGGAACUUUAGUUGUUAACCAAUAACAGUAGCAUGUUUGACUGCCCUCACCCUGAAAUUGCUGUUUUUGUAAUGGUUAACUGCUCUUUUGUAACUCACAGCAGGGGGGUAAUUUUCCCAUCAAAGGAAGCAAGAUAAAAGGAAAGAAAAUUCUUUCCACCCCGCGUGUUAAAACCCAUUUGAAAAGAAAAUCAUUACCGUACACUACACAAAUUCAAGUAGGAAGGUCUAGUGCAUUUUCAGACUUGAGGCUAUCGGCGGGGGAAAGAGGUUGUUAAAGGAAUUACAUCUGAGUUGAAGGCACUUCUGUUUUACUUUCUCUCACGUUUUACGGCUUCUUGUCCCCAGGGUGUGCCAGAGCGCCGUGCGGGCGCUGCGCCGCCUCGGCGCUGCCGCAGCUCCGCCGCCAGCCCGGCCCGUCCCUUGUGGGAACAGGCGGCGGCCGGGCAGGAGUAAUAAGAGCGGGGAUUUCCCUGUCUCCCUCGUUCGGAUCCCGUUCCCUCUGCCCCCGCGGCCCGCCUCUGGGAAUGCCGCCCCUCUCCCUCCUUCCCGCGGUGGCUCCGGGCCGGGCAGGCUCCUGGCAGGCUCCCGGCUGGCUGCCCGGCGGGCAGGCCGAGCACACGCGGGGUAAAGUUUCCCAAGGAAAGCAGGCUGGCAGGGCUUCCCGUCAUGGCAGAGCCGGAGGGUGAAGGCCCCCGAGGCUGCGGGUCCCCGGCAGUCCGUGUCCCGGCUGUGUCACGCCGCGUUUUCCCGCCUGGGUCGGCGUUCCCCGCACGGCGCUCCCCCGGCGCCCGGAGCACCGCGCUGGUUGCCUGGGAGGAGCCGCUGUGUACAGCCUAGGCAGGGCCGAGCCCAGGCCCCGGCGGGCCGCGAUCGCUCCCCGGGAGGUGUGUCCAUGUGCCCGGCGUGGGCGGUGUCAGGGCCAGCGGGGCGCCCGGGCAGGAGCCUCUCCCGGGCGAACAGGUGCGGGCUGCGCAGGACGCACGGAGCCGCCAGCAUGGCUAGUCCUGGCACAAAGGCGUCGUGGCUCUCGCAGCCCAGCGUGAAGAGCGUGCUGGUGUAUCGCAACGGGGACCCUUUCUUCCCGGGGCGCCGCAUUGUCAUCCACGAGAAGAAAGUGUCCAACUUUGAUGUGUUCCUGAAAGAGGUGACGGGCGGGGUGCAGGCGCCCUUUGGAGCGGUACGAAACAUCUACACCCCCCGGGGUGGGCAUCGUGUCCGACAGCUGGACGAGCUCCAGAGUGGGGAGCAGUACGUGGCUGGUGGCAGGGAGGCCUUCAAGAAGCUCAACUAUUUGGACAUUGGAGAAACAAAGAAAAAACCUGCUGAAGUCAAUAAUGAGUCAAUACUGGAAGAUGUCAAGCCAGUUACUCACAGUAGGAUCACCGUGUCAGCACGGUUUCGAAAGGCACUCCAGGAGCCCUACACUAUUUUCCUGCUUGCUAAUGGAGACCUUAUUAGCCCUGCAGUGCGCCUCCUCAUUCCCAGGAAAACACUGAAUCACUGGGAUCAUAUUCUUGAAAUGGUGACAGGAAAAGUUACCCUCAGAAGUGGAGCUGUUCACAGACUCUACACUGUAGAUGGAAAACUUGUUCAGAAUGGGUCAGACUUGGAGAAUGGGCAAAUUUAUGUUGCAGUGGGUAGAGAAAAGUUUAAGAAAUUGCCGUAUGGUGAUCUGCUGUCCAAAUCUACAUCAAGAAGGUCACAGGGUUCCAAAACCUCGGUACUUCCUCCAAUUGUGGGAUCUCGAAAGUCUAAAGGCAGCGGAAAUGAUUGGCAAUCUAAAUCUACCAGUGACCGGGGAGAAAACAGUUCCUCACCUCAGCUUCCCAAAAGGAAAGACAAAAAAAGCCAGAAUCCAGAGAAUUCUGUUUCCAGACGACACUUUUCUAACCACUCUACAAAAGGAAAACAGACAGUAAAAGCUUCCACAGGAGUCCUUCAGGAUAAUGGUGAAAAUAUUUACAAAGCCAGAGAAGAGGGGUCUGAAAUGUGGGGGGCAGCUGAAGUGCAAGAAGAUGAAGAUACUCUUGUGGAAGUUCCACUGGACCAGAGACCAGCAGAAACUGUUGAUGAAGAAGAAAAUGUAGAAGAGGAAGAUGACAGGGGAGAGGAGGAAUAUAAAGGAGAAUAUCCAAAAGUGAAUGGAGAAGAAGGUGGGGAAACUGUUAAAGAAAGAAUUGAAAUGGAAAAAAACGAAAAGAAAUUAAAUGAAAAUUAUGAAGAUGAAGGAGAAACACAGAAUGUUGACCAAGCAGAGGAAAAGGAACUUAUCCAUUUAAAUGGCAAAAACAAUGAAGGAAAUGGUGAGGGAAUGGAGCAUUUGAACUACCAAGGUGAUCUUCAGCCUGAAGAAGAAAUAAAGGAGGAUUCUGGCAGUGAGAACCAGGUUGAUCCUGGUCUUGAAAAAACAUCCACAAGCCCAAGGGUGACAAUCGCCAGCCCACAAGAAAGUGAAAAGAAUGACCAGAGCAAUGACUGUGCAGCAGUUGCAUAAAGAAGAAAAAUAUCAGGAGCAGAAAAUGAAAAAGGAUAAGACUUUAAAUGAAAAGCAUGUUGUUCUUUGUGAUUGGUAAGGAAGGAAGGUUGAGUACUCACAUCAUGAGUCGAGAGAUGAUGAUGCUCUAUGGACUGAUGAAAAACAAGUGUUUAUAUCUCCUAGAAGAACAUAGAAUUAUUUUUACUGGGUGAGAUUUUCUGGUAGGAUUUGAGGGGGGAAAAUACAAGAGUACUUUAUAGUAGUAAUAGAAAUGUAUGAACUAUUCUGUGGUAUCAGAUAGUUAGCAGCAAUAGAACAACCACAAAAAUUUCACUGUUCCAGGGAAAGGAAAAGAGACGCACCCAGAUUCAAUGUCAAAACUUCUUUAUCAAUUUGUUCAUGAAAAUAAACUAUUUUUCACAUUUUAACUAGGGCAUGUGUAGUUUUUCCUCUAAAAUUCCACAUGAUAAGUAUCAUUUCCAGGUAUAACAUUAGGAUAUAACUAGAGUAUGUUCCUCACCUAAUGGAUUUAUGCUUGCAGAAAAUGUCUUACUAUAAUGAGGGACCAGUUCAAUGUCACUAAAUAGUUUAUUUUCAGUAUAUUAAUUAGAAUUAUUAGGUUUUUGCAUGCAUAAAUAGCACUUAUUUAGCACUAUGAAUACAUGUGGACAGCUUGCAAUACUGCAGCUUGUUUCCAUUUAAAACAGAAAAUUUUGUGCCUUGUCCUGCACUGAUUCACUAAUAGUGAAUUACUGUCAUCAUGAACAAAAAACAAAGGAAGAGUACAUAGUAUAUUAGUUUAAAAAUUUGAAUUUGAAUGGAUUUAUAAUUCAGUCUAAGGGAAGCUUAAUUUAUUAAUGAAAUUUAAAAAAAAAACACAUCUGGAUUCAGACUGAAAUUUCCAUGAAACCAUUGCUGUUGAUGGAGCCAUUUAAUAUGUGAGACAUCAGGAUGAGCCCACCCAGCUUUCUGUAAAAGUCAGGAACAAUUAUUGCAUUUAUGAACCCUUUGCAUAGCCUUAAUGGUUGGAAGUGUGUCAUCAUCCUUUUGAGCAAGCUGUCUCCUGAUAGGCUGUGGCUUAAUAUGCUUUAGUAAAUAAGGCAUUGAUCCACAGUAUUUGUUCUCUUAAUGACACUGAUUCCAUUGGUCUUAUCAUUUCUCUGUUAGUAAUGGGAAUAAUUUGUAGUUCGUAGAAAUACAGCCCUGAGCAUAAUUUUAUUAAUUAUACACAAUAAAUAGUGGGUUUCCUUAUCAUUAAUGCUAGUAAAUUACUACUACAAGAAACUUAGUGUCAUUUUUGUUGAUUUCAUGCCAUUAAUACAAGAAUUACAUUUAUGAACAAAUUGAACUUGAAGCACUGUUUAAGGAAUGUGAAGAGCACUUGUCAUAACUGAAACUCAAACAAACAUCUUCCCUUCUUCUACUAGUUAUUAAGUACAUUUUUGCAAUGUAAUAGAAAUUUGUGGAGAUCUUUCAGCAUAUUUCUGUGUUUUGGCAAUGUAGGCAUAAAAGACGUGUUAAAAAUGUAUGAACUGGGUUAGAACAGUUUGCCCUGUGGCAUCUCUGAAUUGUCUGUGAAACCUUCUUGAAACCUUCUGUCUGUGAAACCUGUAGCUUCUGUUGAGCUCUCUGACAAAGACUGAAAGGAAUAUUGCAUUUGUGAUCUGUUCAAAAUAAGCUCCUAAUUUAGCCAAGCUCUUAAGCAAAGUAUGCAUGCUUCUCCUUUUUUUGGUGAUAGCAAUUAAGCCUAUGCUCCAGUACAUUUCAUUUCUCUGGGAUUUAAAAAGACAUUUAUAGUUAGCAGAUGUAAAAACCAACCAAAUCUUCCCCCCCAGCCCCAACAACAACAGCAACAAAAGCCUGAAACAGAAUUGAUAAAAUAACUGUGGGUGAUAGUGAGGUAAAAUGACACAGGUGCCUUUAUUGUUGGUUUCUAUUUAUAACUUCUGAGCUCUUGUUUCUUUCCUUUUCUUAAAAGUUUGGUAUUUUCCAUGCUUAAAAUACUUACAGAUAUCAAUAAGAAUAAUUUAAAGGAUUAAACUAAAUUCUAGGGAAAUGUAAUGUUAUCAUUUUUCUUCACAGGAACAUGAAAUACCUGUGAGUGUUACUCAACUUUGAAAAUCUUUCCCCCUCUGUUCUCUUGUAAGAAAGACAGGAUCUAUUUCUUCAGAAAAGCAAAUCAGACUGUUUGGAAAUAGAGAUAUGACCAUUUUAUCAUUCACCUUACAACACUGACAACAUGAAUUUUAUAUCAGGUUCUUUUUAUUUAGGGAAACUAGUUUAUGCCUAACAAAUAAUUCUGGUAGAAAUUAAACUAGAAUGAUCCAGGUGGUCUUGAUGAUAGUUUCUCUGUCAUGAUAUGCUGUGUGUGAUGGCUUAACUCAGUUUUACUUGAGAAAUACAUUUUUUGUAAAGUUUAUGUAAUGUUAUUUUAUUAAGCUUAUGUAUAACAAUUCUGAGUGUUUUUUAAAGAAUUGUUUUCUUGUUUUGCUUUUAUUUUUAAAAAUAAUUUGCUAUUAAAGAGAACAGUA